UGCACAUUGCCGAUUUAAAUGGUUUAUGGCUGAUAACAGCUGAUAGCCUGUGACAGCCGACCCGACAUGCCAAAGUUGACAUGGAUUUUUCUGCUGAUUCUUCAAAUUUGUUUCGUUGGAAAUACGGUUGGUUCGAUAGGUGACAAGUCACAGGUAUACAACCAAUGUCUAACGCUGUGUCGCAAUAGCAACUGCAAAGAUGAAACAGAUUUUAAGGAACAACCUUCUAUAUCAUUAAUCUUGCUACAUUGGUCCUGCAAGGAAGAUUGCAGUUAUAUUUGCACAUGGAGGACUGUUGACUAUUUUGUAUCUCGUGGUUUAAAGAUACCACAAUUUUAUGGAAAAUGGCCAUUUAUCCGCAUGUUUGGAUGUCAGGAGCCUGCUUCAGUUCUAUUCUCCAUAUUAAAUUUUUAUGCACAUUGGAUAAUGUAUCAGAAAUUUAAAAGAAGAAUAGAUCGAGCCAAUCCUAUGUUCUAUACUUGGGCAUAUUUUAGUAUUGUAUGCUUAAAUGGAUGGUUUUGGUCAACCGUAUUCCAUUCACGGGACUGGCCAUUUACAGAAGCUAUGGACUAUUCUUGUGCAUUUAGUAUGGUACUUACACUCUUAUACUGUAUGCUUCUAAGGAUAACGAAUCAGAGGAAUAAAGCAUUUGUUAUAAUAACUUGUGGAUAUGUGAGCAUUUUGUGUACACAUUUGUCACAUUUAUGGUCAGGCAGAAUUAAUUAUGGUUAUAAUAUGAUGUUUAAUGUGGCGAUAGGACUAACGACUGUUGCGGUAACAAUGCUAUGGUGGUAUUUUAAACGCCAUAAGUUGCCGUACUUGUACUUAAUUGCUUGGUUCAAUAUAUUGACUAUUCUCGUGACACUGCUCGAAUUGACAGAUUUUCCUCCUAUUUUUUGGAUAUUUGAUGCUCAUUCCUUAUGGCAUGCCAGUACAGUUCCUUUAACGAUAUUGUUAUAUAGGUUUAUGAUUACAGAUUGUUGCUAUUUGAAGAAAUACUAUAAUAAAUCAUUUCUAGAUAUUGAUGAUCACCACAGACAGUAAUUUGUUUUUUAUAAUGCACAAUGCUAAUCUAUGUUGGCCUUUGCAAAUACUCAGGGAUUAUCGUCUCUGUGCUUCUCGAGAUUUCCAGAUAGGGUCGGAUCCGGCCGCCGCCUUUUGAAGAAGCCGAGUUUUCUCAGUAUUAAUGUAAGUAGUAUAAAUAAUAACAUGCCAGCUACUGCGGCUACUAUAUAUAUCCAUACUGGCACAGAGUCAGCUUCUUGCUGGUCCAAUAGAUCUGGAUAAGCAAUUGUCUCGGCCUAUUUAACAAUAAAUAAUAAUGUUGUCAAGUAAUUUGUAUCAUAACAUUUUAAUAUUUUUUAAAUAUCUUUUUGUAUUAUAUCCAAAACUGGAAAUCCAAAAUUGAAAUUUUUUCUCAGUUAUUAAAAUAUUUUAGUUUCUAUAAUUCUAUGUAACAAUUACCAAGUGUCAAAAUAUACAUUACACAUAGAAAAAAA